AUGCUCCCCAAACUCGUGUUCAUCACUUUUCUGCUGUUCACCAGCUCCUUUGGAGCAUCAAUGGAGGAGAUUCAGUCAGAGAAGUUCUGUGAGAAGUUCCCAACACUUCACAUGUGUCGGUUGAAGGAGGAGUUGACUGGAAGCCUCGUCGAGUUGCAGUACCUUCUUCAAGAUGGAAUCAAUGUCGGAGGCCAACAACAACAAGUCGGAGCUCAAGAGGUUCAGAAGAGGAAGAGUGCCUUCGUCAGAUUCGGAAAACGAUCGGCGCCAGAAGAGGAGGGAAUGGAAAUGGAAAAACGCAAGUCCGCCUUCGUCCGUUUCGGAAGAUCCUUUGGAAUGGAGCCACAGCUGACUGAGAAGAGAAAGAGCCAAUACAUCAGAUUCGGAAAAUAA